AUGGAAGACGAAUCUACCUCUUGGAUCAGGAGAACAAAAUUUUCCCAUACCGUUUGCCACCGUUUUGAUGCCUCGAGACUAAAUGCAGCCCCUUUUUCCAUUAUCCCAAGCCGAACAACGAGCCUUAUCUCCCGACAAGAACUGGGCCCGACAAAAAAACCCGAAACAAACCAAAUGUCAACAGCUCAAGCCCAAGCCCGCAAGAACCCGCCUGCAAACCGCCAACGGGCCGUAUCCCCCAACCCGGUUACAAAGCUCCCGGAAACUUUCAAGGAGGCCCGGUCGAGCCAGAGGCGAUUCUCCACCCCAACCCCUCGCCGGAAAAUGGUCCCGGGCCCAAGCCCGGUCCACAAGUCGUCGAGGAGCACGAGCCCGUUUAAGUACCUGAACUCAAUCAAGCUUCACGAUAAGUCCAAGAGCCGUAAAGAGUUCGGGUGGACCAAGUAUUUUGAUCAUGGUGGAGGGAGAGUCACUUCUGUGGAGACUGUUGAUGUUGAGAAUAUGGUCGAUUUGUCGAAGCUUUUCUUGGGGAACAAGUUUGCGCAUGGGGCCCACAGUAGGCUUUACCAGGGGUUUUACAUGGACGAGCCGAUUGCCAUGAAAAUGAUUAUAGUUCCUGAUGAUGACGAAAAUGGGGCUCUUGGGGCCCGGCUGGAGAAGCAGUUUGUGAGGGAGGUCACGCUUUUGUCCCGGCUCCACCAUGAGAAUGUAAUCAAGCUUGUGGCUGCCUUCCGAAAACCGGCAGUCUUUUGCAUCAUAACCGAGUAUUUGCCCGAGGGCUCUCUAAGGGCAUACCUCCACAAAUACAAGGACCCUCUCCCCAUGCCCAAGCUAAUCUCGAUGGCUCUCGACAUAGCCAAAGGAAUGGAAUACAUACAUUCUCAGGGAGUUAUCCACCGGGACCUCAAACCCGAAAAUAUCCUCAUAACUCACGAUUUUCGCCUCAAACUAGCUGAUUUCGGCAUAGCUUGUGAAGAGGCUUAUUGUGACUUGCUGGCCGAUGACCCGGGCACUUAUCGAUGGAUGGCACCUGAGAUGAUUAAGCGGAAAAAGUACGGGCGUAAAGUUGAUGUGUACGGUUUUGGGCUUAUCUUGUGGGAGCUUGUGGCUGGGGCUAUACCAUACGAGGAUAUGACACCUAUACAAGCUGCAUUUGCUGUGGUGAACAAGAACUUGAGGCCAGCUGUACCUAAGGACUGUGCCCCAGCCAUGAAAGCUUUGGUCGAACAAUGUUGGUCCUUGCAUCCGGACAAAAGGCCUGAGUUCUGGCAGAUCGUGAAGGUUCUAGAAGAAUUCGACUCGUCACUAGCUCUCGAUGGAACCUUGAAUCUCGUGCAGAACCCGAUCUUCCAUGACCCAAAAAAGGGAUUUCUCCACUGGAUUCAAAAACUCGGUCACCAGAACACUUCUUCAUCUGGGCCUAAACCUAAAUUUACUUGA